AUGACUGCCCCUACCGCCAUCAAGCCUGAGGAUAUCCAGGCUCACCUAGCCAACUAUAAAGACGAAAAAUAUGUCGACGGCUGGGCUUCACUGUGGGAAAAGAAUGAUGUCAAGCUGCCCUGGGAUGCGGGAUUCCCGAACCCAGCGCUGGAGGACACACUGGUCAAACAGCGGGCCACCAUUGGCGGACCUAUGGCUGAGGAUGCACAAGGCCAGUCGUACAGACGCAAGGUUCUAGUGCCUGGCUGUGGCCGAGGUGUCGACGUGCUCCUUCUGGCCAGCUUUGGGUUUGAUGCCUAUGGACUGGAGUACAGUCCAGGUGCUAUUGAGGCAUGCAAGAAGGAGGAGGCUGAGAACAACAGUUGGUACCGGGUUCGAGACCAGACGAUUGGUCGAGGAAAAGUCACAUUCGUGCAGGGUGACUUUUUCGAUGAUGCGUGGUUACAAUCUAUUGGUGUGCCACUUAAUGGAUUUGACAUUAUCUAUGAUUACACAUUCUUUUGUGCUUUGAGUCCAGCACUUCGCCCCAAGUGGGCACUCCGGCACACUCAGCUUCUGGCUCCGUCUCCAAAGGGUAACUUGAUCUGUCUCGAGUUUCCUCGCCACAAGAAUCCUCUUGCUGCUGGACCUCCUUUUCCUGUGUCCUCGGAGGCGUACAUGGAACACUUGAGCCACCCCGGUGAAGAUAUUCCCUACGAUGCCAAGGGCUUGGUCAAGCAGGAUCCGCUGCGGGCGCCGAGCAAAUCUGGCCUUGAGCGGGUGGCCUACUGGCAGCCCGAGCGGACCCACGAAAAGGGACAGGGCGAAAAUGGAGUGAUCCAUGAUAGAGUUUCUAUCUGGCGCCGACGUGACUAA